AUGCUGUAAUAGAAUAUUGAUGAUGAUAUUAAAAAUCUAGGGCAAUUAAAAUUGCUAAAUCAUAGGUCUUAGAGCACGGUUAUUGGAAACACAAUGAUUCUAAAUCAUAAAUAGAGCUAAUUGGAUGAAUCUAAACAUGAAAGUUAUAUAGUUCCUGAUAAAGAUGAUAAAUCAAAGCAAAAAAAGCAACAGGAAGAGUAGAAUAAAGUUAAUUUAUCUCUAAAAAAGAGUAGAUAGCAAUUUUCAAAGAAAGAAAUAUUUACCCUUUGUGCAUUUACCGCUAUUAUGAUUUAUAUUAUGAGUGCAUAAUUAAAAAUCGAUGAAUCCUACAAGCUCAACUAAUUCUAAGAAUAUUACUUUGCCAAAAAUUUUACUACAGGUGACACCUUAUUAAAAUCAGAUAUUGAUGUCUAUUUAUCAAACUAGUUGCUCAAGGCAUUUUAUACCACAGAGUAUUAUAAUGAAUAUCUUUUAUAAAGUGAAAUGAGACAUAUUUCAUAUCUAAGACUAACACAACAGAGAGUUAAAAUUACAAAUUAAACUCUAGGAAAUAACAAUACUUUCAAUAUAUGGGAUAAUCCAAUCACACCAGACUAUUCUACCUAUGGUCCUUCUAAUAUAUUUUAAUAUGAUAGCUAUAAUAAUGGAUUUGUACAAUUCUUUAGUGCUUUUAAUUUAACUCAUGCUUAAGCUGUUGAUAUGCUUACUAAUUUAAGUAACGAUUAGUUUUUCGAUGAAUAAACAAAUUAUAUUUCUUGUGAUGGUGUUUUUUAUAAUUCAAAUUAUGACAUGGUAGCUGUUUUUCAAAUAGAAUUUUCAUUGACAUCUGCAGGAGCUGUUUACGUAACAGUUUUAACUGAAGCAUAUAGAGUUGAUCCUUACAGCUCUACAUAAGAUAAGGUGAGAUUUGCUUUUGAGAUAAUAUUUUUGGUGCUGUUCAUAUUCUAUUUUAUUGAUGAGUUUAUAAAGAUUUACAGAUAAAUAAGCAAAGUAUAGAAAGAAUAUAAUGAAAAAGAAAAGUAUAAAGAGGAGCUAAAAGAGAGAGCUAAGGGAUUAGAUAAGCAUGAAGAUAAAAAUUAGCCUUUUUCAUUUGAUAAGGCUCUAGAAACAAUUAAGUAGUUUUCUAGACUAAUUAACAUUCUAAAAGGACUUGGUAACCACGUUUAAGAUGUAUGGAGCUUUUUGGAUGUAGCUCUUCUUACAUUUAUAGCCAUAGCUAUGAGUUAUUGGAUAAGAUUUGCGACAAACAGCUAGCUAACUGACAUAAUGAAUCAAAUACCUCCUACAACAUCCACUUUGGAAAGAUAAGCAUACGAUUACUCUAAGGUAAAUAUCAUAGCUUUGAAAUUAGCUGAUUAUUUGGUUUAAUACAGAAUUUUUGCUUGUUUGGCUGUUUUUAUUGCUGCCUUUAAAACUUCAAAAUAUAUAAUUAGUCUUUCUGCUAGAUUGAGUGACUACUUAGCUAUUAUGAUGAGAAUGUUAGAUUUUAUGCUUUUUUACAUCAUUUUGUUAACUAGCAUCAUUUUUGCAUUUGCUUACAUGGGAAUUUUUAUUUAUGGUGCUAAUAUUUCACUAUACAGUACGCUGUACAAAGCGAUUGUGCAAACAAUAAUUCUGAUGGUGAGUGGAUCUAGCGUUUCAUAAGAAAUGAUUUCAUACACUUUGAUAGGAACAUUUUUCUAUUUUCUGGUCUUUUACUUCUUGACUAUUAGUAUUUUAGUCAACAUGUUUUGGGUAUUUGUAAAAAACGAGUAUCUAAACUUCGAAAAAGAAAAGCAGGAAUUAGAGGAUUAGCUUUACAUAAAAUAGGAUUAACACGAAGAAAUAGAGCCACAUAUUUAUUACUAUUUCAAAAACUAAAUAUAUGAGAUUUGGAUGCGAAUCAAAUACUCCACAAACAAAGAAAAAUACUAAGAAUACCUCCAGGAUUAGAUUAUAAACGAGAAAAGGGUAUAGAGAGAAUUCGAGUAUUCUUAAGGCAAUGUCAAGUUUGAUAUUGAUUUUGCAGAUGUUCUCGAAUAAGGGCAAACUAAAUCUCUUGCUUUUUAAGUGGAAGAAGAAAGAGAGAAACAUAUUUAGAAUCUUAAAAUGGAAACUAUCAGAAUUAUUUGGUAGACAGUAUUUUUAUUAAUUUUGCUGGUUAUAAACAUAGAAAUUCUGUUCCUUUUUGAUAACCCUAUAAAUUCACACAAUUAAUACCUAAACUAGUAUACAAAUAUUGUAAAUUCAAAUGUAACUAUCAUUCACACUGAUUUCGUUGAUUAUACAAAUUACUUAGAUAUUAAGUAAAAAGAUUAAGUCUUUGGUUGGCUCUCAACUUCUCUAGAUAACUAAUUUUCAGCAAUUAACAUGACAAAAAACAUUUCAUUCUUAUUCCCUAGUGGUCGCCCAUAAGAAUUAGGUAGUCAAGAUCUCUAUGGAUAUUAUAUAGACUUUUACAAUUUGCUUAUGUUUAAUAAAAUUAGAUUAACUCUUAAAUAUACUUCGCUCUCAUCAAGUACUUCAUUUACCAAUAUAGAGCCACAAUUCAUAUAAUCUCUAAAAGGAUAUGCUGAUGAUACUGAUUUAGUUUUAGAGAGCGAUACCCCUGUACCCUCUGGAGUAGAUUAUUCAACUGAUCCAAAUAACGGAAUAAAAUACACUAGAGGUUAUACCUUUGGAGUUCAACCAUCUAGAUUUGAAGAUCUCAUGGGCAUAUUGAAAAGAGAAGGAAAUCUAAGAAGAGAGCUAUCAAGUAUCUGUAUAGAUUAUGCACUAUUUAACCCAUAAGGAUAAUAUAAAGGAUUGACCUACAAUAAGCUAAUCUAUGAGUUUGAUUACAAUGGUCUGUUGAAAACAAACGAUGUCUAAAGUGAGUCUAUUGUCAUUUUGAAUUUAAAUCAACCAUAAUCUGUGAUUUUAUUAAUUUUAAUUAUUCUUUUGGCUUUCUAUUUAUUAUAUAAUUUAUACUAAUUGAUCCAAAACCUACGUGGAAAGUAUAAAUCUUACUAACGCUGGUAUGAGUUAUACAUACUAAAUUACUUAUCACCUGGAUAGCUUUAUUAUAGGGAAAGACAAAAGCCUGAAAUAAUCAGAAAAAUAUAAUAUAUUUUUAACGUGCCUAUAAUAUUGAGAUUCGUAUACACUAUACUAAUUAGUCUUAUUGUUAUAGCUUUUCUGUAUAUUAUUUUUUAGUCUCUAUAUCUAGUUAAUCGUGGAUAGGUCUUCAAUAUUUCAACAUAGCAUUUCUUAAGCUUUCAUUUAAAUGAAUAAUAUGAUACAGGAUUCACAUUUUUCUAGUAUAUCAACAAGCAUGCAGAUUUAAUAUAAACUUUUAUCAUAGUAAAACACAUCAGUGUUAUCAGUGUGUUUAUUCUGUGUAUUUAAAUCUUGUACAAUCUCACCACUAACUAGGCUUUUCAAGACAUCCUCAAAGCUAUCAAAUAUGUUGUUAGCUAAUUGCCUUUCCUCAUUUUACUUCUUUGGAUGCUCCUAACUACAUUUUGUUUACUAACAUACUUUAAGCUAGGAAGCUACAAUGCUAAUUUUUCUAACUUUGGAGAUGCUUAUAUUUCCCUUUGCUAAUGCUUUUAUUCUCUGAAAGAUCUAUUAGAUAUUUUUUAAUAAGAUGGUAGCUGGUUCGAAGUAUUUAUCUUCUUAAUACCUUAUAUUAUUGUUGUUAGAUUCUUAAUGUUGAAUUUGUUUUCAGCAGUGGUUUAUAAAGGCUAUGAGACAAUUUUUGUGCAGAGAAAAUAAAGAGAGAAAGAAGAUGUAAAUCAAAUUGAUCCUCUUGCCAUAGGUCUAAAAGAAUUCUUUGUCAUGAGUUGGAAAUUCUUUAAAGAGAAGAAAUAAGAGGAGUUUGCAAAAAACAAUGAAUUUAUCAAUUAAAUUGUUAAAAAAUCCUCAACUUUUGAAAUUUUUGACUAAGUAAAGACCACAGUUAGACAGUACAAACCUCAAAUGGAUGCGUAGGUUUGGGCUGAUAGAUGUGCUUCUGACCUCAAAAAAGAAAAUGAUGUUAGGUCAGCUCUUAAGUAAGUUUGUGAUGAAUUGAGUUUGACUUAUAUGAAGAGCAUAAAUUAGGGGAAUUUCUCUUUCAUUAAUGAAUUAAAUAAAGAUAAAAAUAGGAAAUUGGCAGAGUUCAAGCUUAGGUUAAAAUAUUAUACUUAUUUUAAGUUGGGUUAUUGUUAGUAUAAGUAAAUACAAUGGUAGUUUGAACACCAAUUAUAAUUCUUUAAAACUAAGUUUUCUACUAAUUUCAAUUAAUAAACCCAAUAAGAGAUGUAAGAGUAUUAUUUAAAGUUGUACAUCUGCCAACUCGAGGAAAAAAUGAAAUAAAGGUCAUACAUAAUCUAAUAGAUCAAAUAAGAUAUCUAAUUAGUUACUAAUUAUGUUCAAAAAAGAAAUGUUAAUGAUUUUAGUGAUAUUUGA